AUGACAUCUACGACCAUUCUACCGUCAGCCCUUCUCCUCCUCUUCGCUGGUGUUCUCUUUUUGGCGACGCAUCCAGCGUCAGCCCUACCACCUGUUUAUGAAGGCUAUCUCUAUGCGGACCCAUCAGAAAUCGGCGCCGAUCAGAUGCGGGGCACGGCAGGCAAGGACAUUUUUAUCAGAUCGGUGGAAGACGAUGUUGAAGCCGCCGGUGGCGAUGAUGUUUUGGCAGCCGCGCGGCCUCGUAGAGGUGGGCGUCGCCUUCGAGUGUGUCAACUCUCUAAUCCACCAAAAUGUUAUGAUUGGAGUCCCCGUCCGUCUCGUCCUGUGUGGAUAUAA